AUGCGAAUUUACCAGACAUUGCGCCCGCGUGGGCAGCGCUUGCACAGGGCCGCCAUGGCCAACCAGAUGCUUCUGCGAGGCGUCUUUCGCCGCUCAAUCUGUAUGGAUCGAGUGAUUAGAGGGGUCCGUGAUGGGCUUGCCGUUGCUUCGGGGCUUGGGGAGACGUUUGUUGGCCGCCCGAUAGCCAGUAUGCUCCGACGAGAGCUUGUUUCAGCAACGAGGCGUUUUCACGGUUCACGGAUAGCCGAGUUUAAAUCAUCCACACCGAUCGAGUGGCACAUAGCAGCGGCGGCCGCGCCGACAGCUGUCUUGACGACAAGGACGACGGCGUCAGAACACAUGCGAUCUGUGAUGCGGCUACUAGCGCAGUCGGUUGUGGUAUGUACUGUUACGCAUGGCUCGACGCCAAGAGCAAUGACCAUGUCGUCUUUCACGUCGCUGACGCUGUCGCCCACGCCUGUGAUUACGUUCAAUGUGGCGACACCUAGCAGGACGCUGGAUGCGAUAGCGGAGAGCCGAGAGUUUAAUAUCCAUGUGUUGGCGGGUGAUGCUGAUGGAGCGCGCGUGGCAGACCACUUUACAAAAGGAAACAUGUCAGAUAAUGUGUUUGAAGGGCUUGAAGCCGUAGACUGUGUGAUGGGCAGCAGCAACGCAGCGCCUUUACUAGUUGGCGCCGGUGUCGUCCACGUGCUCAAGUGCAAAGUGCUGGAUGAUGCGCCGGAGCUAGGGCUGAUUCGAGUCCGUGAUCAUGUCAUUGUUGCAGCGGAAGUCGUGGAAACAGCGCCGGGUGAGGAUACAAGAGAGUUUGGUCUGGCGUAUGCGGACCGCAAGUAUAGACAGAUUGGGGCAGUCAUUGAACGGGACUAG